AUGGCAGAUGCGACAGAGACUGGAAAUAAAGUGAGGCAGCGUCGUGCAAGUCGCCCAAAAGUAAAGACAGGAUGUAAUAAUUGCAAGAAUCGAAGAGUGAAGUGCGAUGAAACGAGACCUGAAUGUACAAAAUGUGUUAGAUCGGGGAGACGAUGCGAUGGCUACCCAGCGUACAAUCCGAGAAAUAGGCAUGCCAAUAAUACUCUACCAAUUGCUCCUCGACCGAGUAAUGCUGGGUUGGAAUCGCAUCCAAUACCAUCCCACAACACCAUAACAACGGCUUUACCUGGUUCAACGGCACUCAUUCCUAGGAAAACAUCACGUAUUAUCAAUAAAUCAAGAUCUAUCAGUCCAUUCUCACCUACCACGCCAUCAAUCCACACACCAUCAACCAUCAAUUCUAUCGAAAUUGAUUCCGAGAUAUUUCGACCACCCACUCUCGGUCUUCCAUUCGACGCAAAGGAAGGUCAAUAUUUCCAAGUCUUCCGCACUCAUACCGCCAGCGAAUUAUCUGGAUUCUUCGAUUCGGAAUUCUGGACGCGCAGUGUUCUUCAAGAGUCGCAUUCUGAAGCAUCCAUACGUCAUGCCGUUGUAGCUCUUGGAGCUCUCUACAAAACAUUAGAAAAAGUCGCUGAAUCACCCCCGAGUUCUCCUACCCCUUCUAAUCAAGGUACUUCGAGCAGCGAUUCCGCACCUACUCAUUGGAGUUUCGCUUGGGAACAGUAUGGAAAAGCAGUUACGCGCAUGCGCCAGAGUAUCUCGAACAAUGAGGUCAGAUCUCAACGAACGAUUUUAAUUUCCAGUGUGUUAUUCACUUGUUUUCAAUCGUUUGUGGGGGAUCACAAGGCUGCUAUUAAACAAGUACAAGUAGGGUUAGGAGUGAUGGAAAAACAACGCAGGGAAAGAAAGAAACCGUAUAUUCAGCGCGAAGAUGAUAUUGUGGAAGAAGAGUUGGGACAAAUGUUUACACGCAUGGCUAUUCAAGCCAAAUCAUAUGAUAUGGCGUUUCAUUUUCCAGCUCCAUGGGUUAUCCGUCUUUCUACCAAUCCAAGUAUCGCUAAUCCCGUAGCAUCACAAUCCGGACCGCCCUCUCCUUCGACAAGUAGCUCUCCAACGAAUCUCGAUUGGAGAUAUCACGUUUCUCGAGAUCCUAAUUUGGCAAAUCCACCCAGUCCAUCCGAUAGCUCAACUGGCACAACCGCCUCAAUCGAAGCCCCCAUUCCCGAAAGCUUUCCAAACAUUCACGAGGCAAGAUUGGUACUCGAUGCUUUAUGUGAAAGAAUUAUGAGAUAUAAUGAGGAACUAGUAGGUUUCUACACGGUAUCCAAUAACAUUCUUCCUGCCUCGAUAAAAUCCAACGGAUACGGCUUCGGUCGUUCUCUCGAACAAUGGCAAACGACAUUCGCUCCUCUUCUUGCUAAACGCCGUGCGCCUGGUACUUCGAAUAUUGAAAGAGCGGGUAUCAUUGUUCUUCAAAUGACAUGUAUCAUGACACGAAUUCUGGUCUUUACCGCAUUUUCCGCCAACGAAAUGGAUUUUGAUCAAUUUCUUCCUAUAUUCACCGAGAUCAACGAAUUGGCUAAGGAAUUGAUCGUAGAUGAAGAAUUAGCAUUGGCACAAGCGCGAUGUGGAGCAGGUUGUAAGCAUGUUACUUCUGGCCCGGGAAUCAAAAGGGGAAUGCGAACGCCAUUUGGAGUUAAGGUUACGAGUUCUUCUCCAAGUCCUGGUCCCGAUGGAAAACAUUCGCAUGAGACUUAUUCGCAUAUUAAACCCUCUUUCGCACUUGAUCUUGGUAUCAUUCCGCCAUUAUUCGUUGUGGCGACGAAAUCGAGAGAUAGAAGAUUGAGGAGAGAAGCGAUCAGUCUUUUGACAUCGAGUCAUAGGAGAGAAGGAAUGUGGGAUUCGAGACUGUGUGCGGGAGUGGGAAAUUGGAUUAUGAAUGUGGAGGAAGAGGGGUUGGAUCCAUAUGUUAAGGGGGAAGCAUCGGAAAAGCAAGUGGUGCCGGAUGAGAAGAGGGUGAUGGUUAUGGAAAUGUGGUUUAACCUUGAGAGGAGGUGGGCAAUGUUGAGGUGUGGAACUAGGGGGGUGAAGAAGGGAGAUUUUGAUUCGAGGGCGAGGGAAACACCGGUUUCUUGGUAG